AUUUGUUACAUGUACACACCUUCAACGGACAAACUGCCGAAGAUUGAAAUUUUCUAAACAUGUCUGACGUCCAAGAUUUAAACUUGACUUUUUCGGGCUGCGGAUUUUUGGGAAUCUACCACAUUGGAGUGAUGUCUUGUCUAGAACAAAACGCGAGCAGUUUUUUGGGUCGGGUGAAAUGUUUUGGAGGAGCAAGUGCAGGUGCUUUUGCUGCUGUCGGUUUAGUUAUGAACUUGGACAUCUCUGACAUUGUAGAAUCGGUUCUAAGACUCGGUAAAAGAGCAAAUUCUCUUUCACUUGGACCAUUUCAUCCGAGUUUUCAGGUCGUCAAAACUGUCCGGAAAGCGUUUGACAGAAUGUUGCCUGACAAUGCACACGAGAUAGCGACUGGACGAUUGCACAUUUCACUGAGUCAAGUCACUCUCACAGGCUUUAAAAAUGUCAUCAUUUCUGAAUUUUAUUCUAAAGAGGAUCUCAUUGAGGCACUUGUAGCCAGUUCCUAUGUACCAGUAUUUUCUGGAAUGUUUCCAGCUGUAUACAGAGGAAAGUAUUAUGUGGAUGGAGGAAUUUCUGAUAAUCUUCCACAACACUUCAAAGAAGGAGAAACUAUCACAGUGUCCCCAUUUAGUGGAGAACAUGACAUUUGUCCUAAAGAUGUUUCAUCAAAUGAAUUUCACAUUGAACUACGAAAUACUAGCAUGCAAUUUACUGGGAGUAACAUUUGGAGAUUGUCCCGUGCACUGUGGCCACCAAGUCAAGAGGUCUUGAUUGAUAUCUGCAGGCAGGGUUACAGAGAUACACUGAGGUUUCUAAAGGAGCACUAUCCUGAUACACUAGUGCUCGAGUCACUAACAACAGCCUCUGUGAUGUUCAAUAUUCUGCCAUUACACAGUAGUUCUCCACUUCAUUGUCAGGAGUCAUAUGUCACAAGCCACAGUUCUGAUGUAUCAUUUAAUGAUGACAACUUAUCCUGUGAUUACAAGGAGACUGGAAGCCAUUGGGCUGAGACUGAAUUGGAGGAAGGAGAAUCAAAACUAUCCAUGAUGCUUUUGGAUGCCAACAAUAUCACAACAGAAGCUGAGCUUUGGUCAUGUUACAUUUUGCGCAAGUCAUGUCAUGUCUUGGAUCUCUUUGCCAGACCAUGUGUUUUAAGUUUCAAGCAAAUCUUGGUAAUGCUCAAAAUAAUUUUAGAAGCUUUGAUCAAGAUUGAAAAGACAGGGUGCAAGUACUUUGAUAACAUGCUAUCAGUUGUUUCCACAAUGCUGCAUACUUACCAGGACAAACAUCAGGUUACAAUACCCUGGAAAUCUACAUCUUUUUUGAAUUUGACGGAAGAAUCAACAGAUGGUGGAGAAUCAUCACUUAUUUUAUACAGCCAGAUUGAAAAAGAUGUUAUCUCUGAUGCUAUUGAAGGACCAAGUACUGCUUAUCACAAUGAACCAAGCAUCUUGGUUAAAGAAUUCCAAGAGAGUUUUAAUGAAAACAUGGAUAUAACUGAAUAUCCUAUUAACCAUAGUGAGACAAGCAAAGAACAGAAAGACAAGGAUAAUGACAAGGGGACCACCUCUUCUGUUGUUAGUUAUGAUGACGAUAGCAUGGAUGUUGAGAGCAACGAUGAGUAUGUGAUUCUUACCAGCUGAAUGAACAAAAAUUUGGGUUUAAGCAAUAUCCUGUUUAUAGUAGACGACAAAAGCACCAACAGCAGAAAAUAUAAUUUAUGAACAAUGAGAUUAAGAAUUCCUUUGAGAGGGGCUGAUUAUCCUUUUACAAUAAGACAGAAAUAUUUAUUCAGUUUAAAGAAUGACUUCUGGUUUUCCCUGUUCACACAGAAAUGUAAAAUCUUUGGGAAAGAAGUGUUCUCUAAAUUUAUAUUUCUAACCCAUAAUUUUGUGAGGUAACGUGACUUGUGCUUGUGCUAAUUAAAAGGAUUCUUCUAUAAAGCCAGGGUUAUACUUAUUAUAAACUGUAAAUAAAUCAAAAUAAAGACUAUGUAUUUGAAAUGGCCAUUGUAUAUAGAAAAGUAAAUCAUCCUUUGAAAAGAAAGUGUUGUGACAGUAUUUUUGAACAAAAUGUUUGUCUUUGUUCAGGCUAUUAUG